ACUGAGAAAGGAACUAGAGAAGACAAAGAGGACAGUACAAGAGUUGUCAAUUUGUCAAGACAGAAAGAAGAUUUCGAGAGGAGCUUGCAGGACUUCAAGAAAAUAGCCCAGGAGCAAAUUAAUGCAAGGGUAGAGGAAUUAAAGAAGGCGGAGAUGGAUGCGAGGGCGGCAUCUUUGGAGUUGGAGCUCAAGGUAGCUGUGGCUACAAAAGGAGAAUUGGAAGCUGAUGCCAUGGUGAAGAAGAGGGAGUAUGAUUUGGUAAAGGGUGAAAAUGGUAAGCUUCGGUCGGAGGUUUUGAUUGCAGAGAAAAAACAUAGCAUGUCUGAAGUAGAGAUUAAGAGGCUCAUGAUAAAAUUAGGUGUGUUGGUGGUGGCGAAGGAGGUUGCUGCCAAGGCAUUUGAUGCAGAGAAGGCAGAAAUAAUGAAGGAAUUAGAGGAACUCAAGAGUAAGGUGGAGGAAAUACAAGCCAGCAAGGAAACGACUGAGGGAGCAGGUCGCGAGACGGAUGCUUAG